UUCACCGUUUACACGGUGAACACACGACAAUAUUAUAUUUGUCAAUAUUCAUAUUAUUAUUAUGUACACAAAGUCGAUGAUAGACAAAUGCAAAAGAGAAAAAUAAUAAUCAUUAUAUUAUGAAACACUACGCUCAUAGUUAAUUAGAAAUAAAUGGACGACAACAUUGUGAAGAGUGACGGCAGUGGUAUGGCGGAAGAAGAGCACUUGUCGUUUCCAUUGCACGAAUGCGUAUUCGAGGGUGACGUACAAAAGUUCGCACGAUUGAUGAGGACGGAGGACCUGUCAAGAAAAGACAAACACGGUAAUACAGCACUACAUCUAGCCAUUAUGCUUGGUCGUAAAGAUAUAGUACAAUUGUUGCUCGCUCAUAAUGCACCAGUGAAAGUAAAAAACAUUAAUGGAUGGACCCCUUUAUCUGAAGCGAUUAGUUAUGGAGAUCGUCUUACUAUUAUAUCAUUAUUAAAAAAAAUGAAACACCAAGCAAGAGAGCAGAUUGAAGAAAGACGACCUAAUUUAGUAUCUGCAUUGAAACAAGUUGGAGAUUUCUAUAUGCAAAUAAAAUGGGAUUUUCAGAGUUGGGUGCCAUUAGUUUCUCGAGUUCUACCUUCAGAUCUUUGUCAGAUACACAAAAAAGGCACAUCGUUUAGAUUGGAUACAACACUAGUAGACUUUGCAAUGAAUGAUAUGAAAUGGGAACGUGGAGAAAUCACGUUUCUGUUUGAUGGUGAUGCUAAACCACCACAUUCUCUUAUUGUCAUGGACAAUAAAGCUGGUGUUUACCAAAGAGUCAGAUAUUUAGAGACUGAAUCGGAAAUUGAAGAUGAAGUUGAUUUAAUGAUGAGUACUGAUAUAGUUACUGCACAGAUGUCUACCAAAUCAAUAACAUUUUCUCGAGCCCAAUCAGGAUGGAUAUUUCGUCAAGACAGAAAAGAAACCAUUGGAGAUUUCAAUGCUGAUUUUUAUCAUGUUAAUGGUUUAACAUUAGAACAGAAAAAACGAAGAGAACACUUAUCCGAAGAAGAUCUACAAAAAAAUAAAGCAAUCAUUGAGAGUUUAACGAAAGGUGGAUGUGCUAUUAAUAUUGAUUGCAAUGGAGAACCUGUUAGGCGAGAAUCACUUCUUCCCCCAAUGCCUGCAAUAUGCACUUGGAAAGAGUAUUUAACAUCUCCAGCAGGACAACAUCCACCUCUAGCAAGGGAAAUGGUUUUUAAAAACACAACAAGAGGAUUUAAAGCAACAGUUGCUAUGAGUAUGGAUUUUCCUUUAUCAGUUGCUAUGUUAAUGGAUGUGCUAGAAGUUACUGCUCCAUUUAAACAUUUUGCUAAACUACGCGACUUUGUGAAUUUAAAAUUACCACCAGGGUUUCCAGUCAAAUUAGAUAUUCCAAUACUGCCAACAGUGUCUGCUAAGAUCACAUUCCAGGCUUUUGAGUUUCGCGAUGACAUAGAUUCUGAUCUUUUUGAAGUACCUGCAAACUAUGUUGAAGAUCCAUCUAGGUUUCCAGAUUUAUGACGAUUUUUGAGUUCCACUACGUUAUCAUAAAUUAAAAACUAUUUGAAGAUGCCAUCAAAUCAUAUUAUAGUUUCCUCCUAGGUACACAGAAUUACUAAGGCCUGGUGGCAAUUCAUUAAUCAACUUACUACACAUCAUCUGAUCAGUACAUUGUUGUGAUAUGCAAACGGUCAACUGUAAUCAUUGCUUUAUAUAACUCACUUACAAAAAUUCUUAAGAGAAAAUUCUUGGAUAUUAGUGACUAUUAUUAUUUAUUUAUUUUUACUCCUUGAAAUUUCUUUGUAAAACUUUAUUUAAUUGUUGCACAGAG